CACUUCUGCUGUACGACGACUAAACCGCAAUGCCACCCAAAGGCAGAGGGCGAGGCGGUGCGCGCGGCCGCGCCCGCGGCACUGGGAGAGGAGAUGCAGCUGCUAAUCGGCCAGCCACAGGCGCCACCGAGAUUUCAGAAGCCACCCCACCAGUGCUCAAAGCGGAUACAGAAGCAACUGAGUCGUCCGCGCCUGGUAUAGUACCUAAACAAGAAGAUGAAGGGAGCGCCCCAACUUCAGCGGCUGAAGCGAAUAUCUCUGCCACCGUCGAAACGCAGCUCCCACCUUCAGUUGCAGCCUUCUCGAACUCCUCUCCCCAAACCCCAAUAGAUUCUGCCGCUCGUCCGCCGAGGAAGCGACUCGACAGCUUGAAGAGCAACGAACCGUCCUCACGCUCUGCGUCUCCAGCUGCCCGUCGUGGAACACCGAGUCGAGGCAGAAAGCCUGUUGCGUUACCACCAUUCGCGGGUCGUCGAAGCAAGGAGGAGCGGGAUGCUCGGAACCAGGAAGCUAUUGAACGUGAGCGUGAGAGGAACAGAAAACUUGAGGCGUUAGAGAGGAAGAAGGAGCAACAGAGGAAGCGUGAAGAGGAUCGCAAACGUGGAGGAGGGGCAAGGGCUAGAGGUGGCUUCAGCGGCGCCACCAGCGGGCCGUUCUCGUUAGGCAGUGCUACUCAGGACAGGAAAACCACUCAUCGAAAUUUUGCAGGCUUCGGUUCAGGCUCGGGUUCAGGUUCAGGUUCAGGAUCCCGUGCCGUCCGGGUCAAGCGCGAACCCAACGACGGCGAGGUCGGGCCGUCACACAGGCCAUCCGGUAUCUCCAUUAAGAAGGAAGACGGGGGAUACAUCUCUUCAGACGAUGAAGAUGCAGGUGAAUUCCCGCGGAAGGAUAUUGAUUUAAUUGAGAUAUCGUCCGACGAGGACGAGGUGGGACCGUCAGAGCACAGGGAGCGGGCACAACUACCAGUCCGCAUUGGUAGGAAGGAGCACCGGGAACGCGUCGUCGGGAUCAACACGGAGGCCAGCACCGAGGCAUCUGCCAAAAUUCUACAACAAGCGGAGGCAUCCGGUAGCGCACCGACAGCCGACGCGGUAGAGAGUACCACUCGAAAAGGGAAGAGCAAGGUGAAGGACGUCGAGAUCACCGGCGUGCGGAAGCCAUACAAGGGCGUGUGGCAGGAUUCUGACGAGUCGGAUGUCAAAGUCAAAGCUGAACCAAUCAGCGACGAUGAAGAUAUGGCCGACGCAGAGCAGGUAGGCAUUGUGAACAAGGCAGUGGAGAAGCCAUCGGAACAGUCUCCAGACGCCGAGAAGAAACCCAAAGCUCGCUCGAAAGAGGAGCCGAAUCUUCAAACGGACGAAGACCGCGCAGAAUGGGCCCGCUUCCAAGCAAAUCUGCGCCACAUCAGAGCAGAGUUGGGACCGGAUGAGGACGUUGCUAUCCCUUCUGCAGAUGGGUCGGGCGACCUGACCAUGAUCGAUGCUGCCGCCAAUGCCAGCAGACCGAGUGUUCGAGACAACAACGUCUAUCUCUUCCAAAUUCCGCCUAUUAUGCCCGACCUACUCUUACCAGGAGUUAAGAAGGAGCCGUCCGAUCCGCAGCAUGGCGCCCAGGAGGCCGCUCCGUCCGCGAAGGGUGAAGCAGUACCGAUUAAGAAGGAAGAAGAGUUUUCAAACCCUCUAGGAAAUGCGCCUGAACGACCUCGGUUUGCCAGCGGGCGCGUCGGCAAGCUGCGUGUCCAUCAAUCCGGCCGUACCACGCUGAACUGGGGGGGUACAAGCUACGAAUUGACGCCAGGCAACAAGGCCUCGUUUUUGCAAGAGGUGGUUUCCAUACACGUGGUGCCAGAAAAUGAGCGCGUGGUCGAGGAAGACGCAGGCGAGGCUGUUUCAUUCGGACGAGUGAAAGGGAAGUUUGUAGUGACGCCGGAUUUCUCAAAGAUAUUCGGUUAG